CAUGCAGUGGGGGCGUGGUUAUUAUGCUGCACCUGCACGCGAGGCAGGUAAAUGUGCGACUCGCGCUGGACUUCACCGCUUCUCGCGCUCUCAGACAAAGCGGUCCGGAAGUGAUCAAAGGAGAAAAACAAAAGCGCAGUCGGAGGCCUGUGAUGGACCGUUACCGGUAUUUUAUCUUCAAUCAGAAGAGUGUGGUGGUCUUGGGAAUCCUUCAGGUGGCGUGUGCUGGACUCUGUGUAGUUUGCGGAUUUAUGGAUGCAGUCUUCCGCAAGAGUACUACUCUGAGUGAAACCAGAGCUCCACUUUGGGCUGGACUGAUUAUGGCUGCCCCUGGAGUGCUUGCCCUCUUUGCAUCACAGAAGAAAAAUCCUGUUUUGGUCAACGUCAUGAUAGUCUCCUCUGUGAUGUCUCUUUUUGCUGUUGUGAUUGUGUUCGUAUACGCUUGUGUCACUCUCAGUUAUGGAGAAGAGGAUGAUGAGGUUUUCCAUGCCCAUCCUGUCCCUGAAGUGAGGUUUAUCCUUAGCCGGAUGGUGAGAGGCGCUAACAGCACUCUUCUGGUGGCCUGCACGGGUUCUCUGCUCUUCUCUUCUCUCAUCACAUUUGUUGGCUGCCGCAGUCUGCCACUUUGCGGCUGCUAUGACUCAGUGAAUGGCAUGCAGUUUCUAGUUCCCCAGAAUGAUCCUAUUGCUCCAACUGAACUGAUCUGCACUUGGCAAGGUGGAGAUGAACAAAUCUUUAACUCUCCUGUGUCUUUCAUGGAUCGCUGCCCUGAGCAGGAACAGCAAGACAUCUCCACACCUCCACCGUACAGCAUAUUAUCUUAGGAAUUGCCUUCUAUGGUUUUAAUGUGUGUUUGUGGUGGUAAGAUGCAUCACUGCAUGUACUAUGCUGUACUUCCUUUUCCCUUCUUUGGAAAUAUUAAUUAAUUAGCCCUUAGAAAGUGAAAGGUGGGGAAAAUUUGACUUUAAAUGUUUCACCUGAUAUUUUAAGUUAUUAUCUGUGCCAUGUCAAUUUUAUAUGAACGUUUGGUGUGUUUUUUUUA